AUGCCACACCGAGUCGCCAACUUCUUUCGCUCGUCGAAUGACAGCAUCACCAACAACAUUAAGGCUUCUGUCCAACGCCGAAAAAGCCCCGGCGCAAGAACACGCACUACCACAUCGCGAGAGGGGUCCACACGAAGUAUAUCGUACGCCUCGUCAAUAGAGGACGACGCCGAACAGGACCACGCCCAAAGCAGAUUCCACUCGACUAUUUUUGCACCACCAGUCAAGAUGCCGGAAUCGGCCAAAGAGAAGGAGGCGGCCCACCACCACCGCCUGAGUUUUCCAGGGUUGCACCUUGGCGGCUCCAAAUCUUCCAAGGAUCAGACCCAACAUCCCAGUGCGUCAUUAGGAUGGAAAAUCGAGUCCCCCCCUGCAGUCAUGUACGGCGACACGGAAACCAGCACCGGUGCACUGGUGUCGGGUCAGAUGCAAUUGGCUGUCAAGGAGGACUUUGAAGUGGAGAGUUUCGAGGCGUGGUUGUAUAUCCAUGUCAUUCAAAAACGACCAUUUCAGAACCACUGCAAUGACUGCGCGAACCAGAAGACCGAGUUGAAAAAAUGGGCUUUCCUUGCUGAGCCAACAACACUAUCAAAACGUCUCCACGAAUUCCCCUUUUCGGCCCUACUGGAGGGACAUCUUCCUGCAUCUGCAGACCACUCCCUCGUUGCUGUGCGGUAUGACUUCAUCGCCGAGGUGAAACCCAAGUCGGGUCCUACCCUCAAGCUAGUCAAGACCAUUGACGUGAAACGCUCGCUGUCUGUUCCGGAGAAUCCUCACCACUCUGUCCGCAUCUUUCCGCCAACCAACAUUGCCGCAUCCGUCCAUUACCCCCAAGUCAUCCACCCAAUCGGAAGCAACACUCUGACCCUUCGCCUCGAUGGUAUUGUCAAGACCAACUCCGACGUGAAGACAGUGGAAUACUGGAAACUCAAGCGCCUCUCCUGGAAGCUCGAAGAGCAUCUCAACAUCGUUGCGCCUGCGUGCCAGAAGCACAUGCCAAAAGAUGCAGAGAACGGCGAGGCUCCCAAGAAGGGAGUUAAACGAACCGAUGCCAGAACUGUCGGAUCGGCUGAUCUGAGCAGCGGUUGGAAAUCCGAUUACUCGCCCAGUGGCAAUGUCGAGAUGGAGCUGGAGUAUCAGUGCAACCCCAGUUCCAAGGCUGUCUGCGACAUGAAGAGCCGCGAUGGCACUGAAAUUACCCACCAACUGGUUGUUGAGAUGGUUGUCGUGCAAGAGUACGCGCCUAUCAACCAGCCGAAGAACAUCACUCCCACAGGCGUCGCCAGAAUCCUUAGGAUGCACUUCGGAACUGUUGUGACCGAGCGCGCCGGCCUGGGUGUCAGCUGGGACAACGAGGCACCACCUAUCUACCAAGACGUCCCGCCCAGUCCGCCGGCGUACUUAUGUGAUAUCCCCUACGAGGCGGUCGAACUCGGCCCAUCCAGCUCUGAGCGCAACAGCGAGGAUGUCCAGUAA